UCAUCAACAAAACUAAGGACGGCAUCCGGAAAGGGGCCGUCUCAGGUGAACCAAAAGAAAAAAGAAAACAACGAUUUCCAUAACUGAGAAAAGGUGCGUCUCUGUCUGUCUGGAACACGCCCUCCAGUUUCUCUCAUCCCAUAUCAUCCAUAACCACGCUCCUCCUCUGUAUUCCGUUGGGAGACAUGAGAGAGGCCGGCUGGCGCGGUCUAGGACAGUGAAAGUAUUCCACAACGAGACUGUUCGUAGGAGCAGGCAGCAAUAUCUACAUUCCCCAGGUGAGAGGUGCAUGUUUCAGUUCUGGGUCGCAAACCUACAGCCAAAACAUACAUACAAGGAUAUCCUAUCCAAGCCACCCCUUUAUCUAUCUCUCUAGGAGCUGCCUAGACCAGGACAAGCUACACAGAUGGGAAAGACAGGAGAAGAGGCAGGGGCAGACGCCAGCAUGGCAUCUAUCGCUGACUACUACGCAGGCAAGAAUGUGCUGAUCACUGGCGCCACGGGCUUCAUGGGCAAGGUGCUGGUGGAGAAACUGCUGCGGUCCUGUCCAGAGGUCCGAACCCUCUACCUCCUGGUCAGGCCCAAGGCUGGACAGUCCAUGCAGGAACGGGUCAGCGACAUGAUGAAGUGCAAGCUGUUUGACCGCGUGAGGGAGGACAACCCAGACUUCCACCAGAAGAUAGUUCCUAUCAGCAGUGAGUUGACACAGCCUGCCCUGGCCAUCAGUCCUGAGGACGUAGAGAGACUGACCUCCUGCGUCAACAUCAUCUUCCACUGUGCUGCCACCAUCCGCUUCGACGAACCCCUCAAACACGCCCUGCAGCUGAAUGUGAUUGCGACGCAGCAGCUCCUGAGUCUGGCCCAGCAGAUGCACCACCUCCAGGCCUUCAUCCACAUCUCCACAGCCUACGCCAACUGCAACCGCAGGCACAUCGACGAGAUCAUCUACCCACCGCCUGUAGAACCCAAGAAGCUCAUCGACUCCCUGGAGUGGAUGGAGGACAGCAUUGUCCGUGACAUCACACCGCGCCUCAUCGGGGAGCGCCCCAACACCUACACCUACACCAAAGCCCUGGCAGAGUGCGUGGUUCAGAGGGAGAGCAGCAAGCUCAGCAUCGGCAUCAUCAGACCCUCCAUAGUGGGAGCCAGCUGGCAGGAGCCUUUCCCUGGCUGGAUCGACAACUUCAAUGGACCAAGCGGAGUCUUCAUCGCCGCGGGGAAGGGCAUCCUGCGCACCAUGAGAGCCAACAAUGAUGCGGUGGCGGACCUCAUCCCCGUGGACGUGGUCAUCAACCUGACCCUGGCCGCUGGCUGGUACACGGCAGUGCACAGACCCAAAGCAGCGCUGGUUUACAACUGCACAACGGGCGGCAUCAACCCUUUCCACUGGGGAGAGAUCGAGCACCAUGUGAUGUCCAGCUUCAAGAGGAACCCUCUGGAGCAGGCUUUCAGAAGGCCCAACGCCAACAUCACCUCCAACUACCUGAUGAACCAGUAUUGGGUCCUGGUCAGCCACAAGUUCCCUGCCCUCAUCUACGACCUCUACCUGAGACUGUCUGGACAGAAACCCCAGAUGAUGCGUAUCUUCAACCGGCUGCACAAGGCCAUCGGCCUGCUGGAGUACUUCAGCAGUCAGGACUGGGAGUGGAACUCAGAGAACAUGAACAUGCUGAUGAGCCAGCUCAGCCCUGAGGACAGGAAGACAUUCAACUUUGACGUGCGUCAGCUGAACUGGCCGGAGUACAUCGAGAACUACUGCAUAGGCACCAAGAAGUACGUUCUGAAUGAAGACAUGUCCGACAUCCCUGCAGCCAGGCAACACCUCAGGAAGCUGAGGAACAUCCGCUACACAUUCAACACUCUACUGCUGGUCUUCAUCUGGAGGGUGUUCAUCGCCCGCUCUCAGAUGGCUAGGAACAUCUGGUACUUUGUGGUCAGCCUCUGCUUCAAGUUCCUCUCCUACUUCAGGGCCUCCAGCACACUCACCAACUGAUGACCAACUGACCGUUGACCAGCUGAACGCCCUGCUCACCACCUCAACCAGACCACACCCCUCAGACCUCCAGCAGCACCCAACCCCACCCCUCAGACCUCCAGCGGCACACAACCCCACUCCUCAACCAGACCUCACCCCUCAGACCUCCAGCAGCACACAACCCCACUCCUCAACCAGACCACACCCCUCAGACCUUCAGCAGCACACAACCCCACUCCUCAACCAGACCUCACCCCUCAGAUCUCCAGAAGCACACAACCCCACUCCUCAACCAGACCACACCCCUCAGACCUCCAGCGGCACACAACCCCACUCCUCAACCAGACCUCACCCCUCAGACCUCCAGCAGCACACAACCCCACUCCUCAACCAGACCUCACCCCUCAGAUCUCCAGAAGCACACAACCCCACUCCUCAACCAGACCACACCCCUCAGACCUCCAGCAGCACCCAACCCCACUCCUCAACCAGACCUCACCCCUCAGACCUCCAGCGGCACACAACCCCACUCCUCAACCAGACACUGUUCCUUCUGACCCUGUUGUACGUCAUACAGUAAAACCACUAUGUAAGUGUUAUUUCUUUUCUAACUACGGCUUUUCUUAAAGCGACAGAUUACAUGUGCAACAAUAAACUCAUUGUAUACUCUCCCCACAUUUUUGCUCAUAGUUUACAUCCUCCCCAACCCAGACACAAUGUCAUAGAAGAGGAUUUUUUUGCAUACUUGAAAUACUGUAUGUCAGGCCUCCUCUCUUCUUCCAUGGGCGAAGUGUUUUUACCUUGUAUUGGUUUGUACUGACAGAAUAUUUGGGAACCUGCACUCUGUAGCGAGGCCAGCUAAGGAUAUCCGAGAGUAACUUCGGUGUUGAUCACAUUAAAGGCUUUAUUCAAUCUGUAAAGUUGAAGCGUUACAGACUCUGUGAUAUAAAUUAAAAAAGGUCAUUUCCAAUUGAGCCAACACAUGCAGCUUUUACCGUGAAUGCAGUCUGCAAAAGCAGGUACAUUCCCUUUUGUUUCAAUCAUGCUGUAAAGCUGAACUUCUGUGAUGUGGAUUGAAUGGAGCCCACUGGAGACUACUACUGAAGUACUACUAACAUCUGACCUGGUUGAUGACUACUGAAUAUUGACAUCGGUAUGAUUGACACAACGCAUAAGACUCAUUCUUUGUUUUACCGUUUGUCCACUUUUUACCUGUUUUGUACAGCAGUUUAUUUUGAAACUAAGUUUACUAUUUUUUCAUCUUUAUAAAUAAUUGCGUCAAA